GGUCCGCCCCGCCCUCACAACGCGCGGCCGAGGCUCUGCUUUGCGCCUGCGCUGUUGGGAGGCGUUUUCUACGCUUCCAGGCCGCGUCCAGGCCGCAGAGCUAAGGGUGAAUUUCAUCCAUCUCCGCAAUGUGGAACCCACGGCAACGCCGACUCAAGCCGCUGGCCUGCGGGAUGGAGGAGCUGCGGCGCCGCCGGCGGGAGCGGGAAGCUGCACUGCGGAAGGCGCGGAGAGAGCAGCAGCUGGUCAGCAAGAGGCUGCUGAGAGAAGACGCCCAGGAGGAAAUCGGAGGCGAGGCUGCGGCCACGACUCUUGGGGAAGCGGAGGUCCAGCAGCUCCUGAGGUUAGCCCAGUGGGGGACAGAUGAAAAGGAGAGAGAAAAGGCUCUGGUCAGCCUCCGUCAUGGCUUGCAGCACCCUGAGACACAGCAAACCUUCAUCCGGCUGGAGAGCAGCAUGCGGACCCUUGUUGGGCUCCUGACCAGCAACCGGGCUCUGUUGCAGCUUGAGGCCGCUCGGUGCCUGCAUGAGCUCUCUCAUUCUGAGCAGUCUACGGUGGCUGAAGCCUGUCUGCCAGCUACUUCCUACCUCCUCACCUACCUCUCCGGUCACAGCUCAGACUUUAUAGAGCUGUGUCUGUAUACACUGGGGAACCUCAUCGUGGAGAGUGAGGCUGUGAGAAGGCAACUCCUGCCACAGGGUAUCAUUCCAGCCUUGGCUGCCUGCAUCCAGUCCCCCCAUGCAGCAGUGCUAGAAGCUCUUGGGUAUGCCUUAUCUCAGCUUCUGCAGGCUAAGGAAGCUCCAGAGAAGAUCAUUAUCUCUAUCCUGGACUCCACUCUCCCGAAGCACAUGCUGCGAUUGAUGCUACCUGGCCCAAAGUUGAGCCCUGGGGUGGCUGUGGAGUUUGCUUGGUGCCUUCACUACAUCAUCUGCAGCCAGGUCAAUAAUGCCCUGCUUAUCACUCAUGGUGCUCUGUCUACUCUGGGGCUGCUGCUGUUGGACCUGGCUGGGGCUGUCCAGAGAACGGAGGAUGCAGGACUGGAGCUGCUCAUAUGCCCUGUGAUUCGGUGUCUAAGUAACCUGCUAACAGACGUGCCAGUGGAGGCUGUGGGAGGGCAAAUGGAGCUCAUAGAUGAGCGUGUUAUGGCAGCCUUAUUUAUCCUUCUUCAGUUCUUUCUUCAGAAACAGCCCAGCUUGCUUCCUGAGGGCCUGUGGCUCCUCAACAACCUCACUGCAAACAGUCCUACUUUUUGUACUUCCUUGCUCUCUCUGGAUCUGAUUGAGCCCCUCUUGCAGCUGGUGCCACUAUCUAAUGUGGUGAGCGUACUGGUUCUUACAGUUCUGUGCAACGUUGCAGAAAAGGGUCCAGCUUACUGCCAGCACCUGUGGCCAGGGCCCCUGCUUCCCUGCUUGCUGAACACAUUGGCUCUUUCUGACACUGAAGUAGUAGGUCAGAGUUUGGAGCUGCUGCAGUUGCUGUUCCUCUAUCAGCCAGAGGUAGGUUUCCGGACCUGGUCCCCAAUCUCUCCUGCUCAGAAGCCUCUGGUCUCACCAUGGCUCCUUUCCAGUCUGAACUGUAUUUGCUUUCUGGGCUGGGCUAGCCUGUGGUGGCUGCUCAGAACUUUCACCAUCCUGUUGGGAAUGUACCCACUCCGAGAAGUAGGCUAACCCAGGUCACUGUGGGAAUUGAGUCUUAGGGCAUAGGGACCCACGUGUUGAAUCCUUUUCUUCUUUGACCUCAGGCUGCCCAGGACUUCCUGCAGCAGUCAGGGCUACAGGCCUUGGAAAGGCAUCAGGAGGAGGCCCAGCUUCAAGAUCGGGUGCAUGCUCUCUGGCAGACAGCUCUUCAUGGGUGAC